AUGGAUUUCAAAGCCGCUCUUGCCCGAAAUAUCAAACCAUUCGAAUCUUCUACUCAAGUAUCACCUGUGGUGGCAACAGAGGCCCAAGCGAUGGCGAGCACAAUGGUGACUUUGGUCGACAGUUCCAAGGAAAACGGCAUCAAGGAGACUGCCAGCAAACGUCGACGCCGCCGUCGCCACAACAAUGCGCUCAAGCAUCUUCUUGGUCUCAGCAAAGCUUCAGAGCCUGAGCAUCUGAUCGAAGAGAAUAGAUCAAACCUAUACAAUCACAAAGAGGGCAAGAAUGAAGGCCCUCCCAGUGUUCAUGUCGUUCUUGCGUCUCCUACUCUCCUGCCCUGUGAAGACGCGCAGAUCAAGGAGCGUAUUUCUCUCGACGUGCUCAAGGCAAUCGCCGACCGGGCUCGUGACCGACUUGCCGUCCGAAUCCAAGCCUAUUGGGAUGAGAAGCAGUAUGUUGCAGAAGCCGCUGCAAAGAUCCAACGAGCAUACAGUCAACAUAUGGAGUCGCAGCUCCAUACCAUCAUCCAGGCCAUGGGGGAACACCUGUCGCGCGAGAUUGACAUUCGCUUCGCGGCUCAUAGCGAAAAGUCUCAAGAAGUCCUUCGCCAGUCUAUUGCCGAAAUUCGAAUCGAGAGUGCUCACAAUCAACGCCAUAAUGACGACAAGCUGCGCGAGCACCAAGGCCGUAUCGCCGCUCUCGAGGCCCAAACCAAAUCCAUCCUGGAUAUGCUCAAGUGUCCUCCGUUGAAUCCUGGCAUUGUUUCCAAUGGCACACCGGAUGCGUCGCUACAUGUGCAUAGCCGUAUGGAACAGCUGCACGACCUGCUUCAGGACCUUCGUCUCAAUUAUCAGGACAUGACGAAGAGGAUGAAGGAAAUGCAAACGACCCUUGCGUCUCAUGUUGUCAAUCGCGAUCACAAAGUCCAUGCUCCUACAAAUGUCCCAAGCCAACCACUUGCUGACAUUUCCAACUCUCAGCCGCUUGUACGGCUGUCGUCUAGUCCAGUGUAUGGAAUCAAGGAGCAUCCCAAGUCAUUCGUGAACCGUACACCGACUACGAAUGUAGUGAUUGUUGGCUCUGUCGAAUGCCUCUGA